UAUUGAUCAGCUAAGCCUCCUUCGAUGGCCGCGGGAUGCGACAUCGAUCCCCACGUAUCACACACUCUAACGUGCAAGAACCUUACCAAUCGUCUAAUCCUAAGAAUAGCUUCAUUCAAAUUCAACUUUGUCCCAGCUGUAAAGCGCAAGCGGUCAGCUUUCUGCUCCCCCUAGGACGUACCCGGCACAGACAGCUCCUUGAUUACUAUUCAACCGCGGCAAAGUCGGAAAUACCGGGUAUACCAAAUCCGGCUUAGUGCAUUCGUGUGAACCCUCGUCAUCAACCUCAACAUUCUCUCCGCAUCAAAUGAGAUUGGCGAUGCCAUCUAAACCUCACCAAUACUAGUGUUUGGUGUCGCAAUGGCAGAAGAAGCAGCAAGUGCAGUUAAUUCGCUGGCGGGAUUUCUAGCUCAUGAGCAGAUUUCAAAUGUUGAAGAGCUGAAUCGCUUCUUUCGAUCCCUCCCGCACACCAACAGCAACAUCGGAGAAGGGCAGCGUCUGCCUAGUCCUACCGAUGCUAUCGUCUUCUGCGCGUCUUCAGUGCUAUCUUUAGCUGAUAAUGUUUUCUCCGCACUUUCCAAAGUAUCUCCCCAGUCCAGCACGAAGCUUGAUUUACAAGGGAGAAACACAGUGCUGGUUUUAUGCGGCGGCGUCGGGCAUUCGACGCCAUACUUAUACGACGCAAUAGCAAAGCAUGAAGUGUAUAACGCUGUCGCCAAAGAUGCUCAAGGAAAAGCCGAAUCACGUGUCCUGCAGUUGAUCGCGGAACGUUGGUUCGAUAUCCAAGUCCAAGAGAUAGGAUCCGAGGGGGCAAUGAUCUGCCCAGAUGACAGGAACAGACUUUUGGUUGUUGUUGAGGACCAAUCCACUAAUUGCGGCGGCAAUGCAUUGGAAUCUCGAAGAGUGCUGGAAGCAUGUGGAGUUAAUACGCCCCGAUCAAUCAUUGUUGUCCAGGACCCGACAAUGUCACGGCGGACCGUCGCGACGUUCGAGAAGGAGUAUCAACAGGGGAGUACCGUCAUGCCCCGUGUGAUGAACUGGCCGACUUUCACUCCCAAAGUGACAGUCGGAGAUUUCGUUGAAAAUUCAGGGGGAAUUGAUAUACUAAGUCAACUCACUUACGUCAACAAUCAUCCCGGGAACAGCUUCAUCUCGGGCUUGUGGGAAAUGGAACGUUUCGUGGACCUGCUUUUAGGGGAAAUACCUCGUCUACGAAACAACACACACGGAUAUGGGCCCAAGGGAAAAGGGUUCAUUGUUCAUGUCGAUAUCCCAGAGAGAAUUGAGCAUGCAUGGAAAGUUUUACAUGUACUGUUUGGAGAAUGGACUCGAAACCGAUAGAAGACGCAAGUGUAGGUCAAAGCAUCCUGCUAGUCACUUGACAGUAAUUUCUGAGACGAACCCUUUGCUAGUGUCUGUGGAUUAUGAGACUUACAGUAUGUUGGGGUUAGAUAAUUACGAC